AUGAGGGAAAAAGAACUAGUGUAUGGAGCAUUGAAUGAAUGGCUAGAAUUCAACUCAUUGGUUUUGACUGAGACUGUGGGAUAUAUUGGUAAUCUGAUGACCAACCAAACCCUUGAAGAGAAUAUUUUCAAAAGGGUAGGGCAUUUGUGUAUAAUUGUCCGUGCUCAUAUUUAUUCAAGGGGCAAGGUUGGAUUUGGGGGUGUUGCAGAGAGGGAAGGGAAUAUGUUGCAAGACUUGUCAGCCUCUAGGGCUUUUGUUGGAGAUUCAGUGGAGGCCAUACUUGCAUAUUUGAGAUGGGUGCUAGAGAAAGUUGUCUUGUUGGGUUGGAAGGAGUUAAUGUGUUGUUUAGAUGUUAAGGAUAUAGCUCAACACCUGACUUGA